AUGUGCUCUCGCCAAGAUGGUGUUGCCUUGAUCCAAUUCAAGAACACCUUUUCCAUCAACAAAACUGUUUCUGAAAAAUGCAAAUCACUUGGCACCAAAUCUUACCCUAAAACAAAUUUAUGGAAGGAGGGAACAGACUGCUGCUUGUGGGAUGGAGUCACUUGUGACCAUAUAACAGGCCAAGUGAUUGGUCUUGAUCUAAGUUGCAGCUGGCUGUAUGGUACCCUUGAUUCCAAUAGUAGUCUGUUCCUUCUUCCACACUUGCAGAAGCUCAACCUGGCCCAUAAUCAUUUUAAGAAAUCCAUUAUUUCUUCUAAAUUUGGUUUGUUUACUAGCUUGUCAUAUCUCAACCUUUCUAUGUCAGAUUUCUCAGGGCAAGUCCCGCCUGAAAUCUCCAGAUUGUCAAUAUUGGUUUCACUUGAUCUCUCCUUGAAUGACAGUCCAGCACUCAAUGAAAAUACUUUCAGUGGACUUCUACAAAACCUAACAGAGGUAAGGGAACUUUUUCUUGUUGGUGUAGACAUGUCUUCCAUCCGUCCCGUUUCCCUAAUGAAUAUGUCUUCUUCGUUAACAUCCCUCGGUCUUGGUGGUUCUGAUUUGCUAGGAAACUUCCCAAUGAGCAUUUUUCGUCUACCAAACCUUAAGUUGCUUGAUCUGAAGGAAAACGAAAAUCUCAUUGUCCAUCUCCCAGAGUCCAACUGGAGUAGCCCCCUCCAGUAUUUGAAUCUAUUUCUGACCUCUUCCUCUGGAAAAUUACCUAAUUCAAUUGGCAAAUUGGGGUCCUUGAAGUACUUGCAACUUGGUCUAUGUAACUUCUCCGGUCCAAUUCCAAGAUCAUUGGGAAAUCUGUCGCAACUUACUUAUUUGGAACUUUCUAGAAAUUAUUUUAGUGAUCAGAUACCUCCUUCACUCACAAACCUAAAACAACUCCAAUUCUUGUACAUUUUUGAUAAUCAACUAGAUGGUUCCAUUCCUGUUCAAGCAAGUGCUUUCCCUAAUCUAAUUGACCUAGACCUGUCUGAAAACUUGCUUAACGGAGCCCUACCAGCUUGGUUAUAUACCAUUCCAUCAUUAAAAUUCAUAACUAUCCACAAUAACCAAUUGACUGGUCAUAUCAAUGAGUUCCAAUACAAAUCACUCACAUGGAUAUCUUUGGGGAAUAAUAAACUUCAAGGUCAAAUUCCAAAGUCGAUAUUUGAACUUGUGAACCUGACUGAUCUUGACUUAUCAUCAAAUAACUUGAGUGGCAUUGUGGAGUUGGACGCUUUACUGAAGCUCCAAAAUCUUGAAUGGCUUGAUCUUUCAUACAACAGCCUGUCGUCUAUAAAUUCUAAUAUCAGUGCCACGUAUACCUUGCCCAAUCUGCGGAUUUUGUAUCUGCCUUCUUUCAAUAUCGGUGAAUUCCCAAAUUUAAGUAGCUCGACAAACUUAGAAGCUUUAGACCUUUCCAACAAUAGAAUUUAUGGUCAAAUUCCCAAAUGGAUGUGGGAUAUAGGGAGGGACUCUUUGCUCUACUUGAAUCUUUCCUACAACUUUCUGAUAGAUUUAGAACAAAUUCCAUGGAAGAACAUUCAGGCUCUUGACCUCAACUUCAACUUGAUUCAUGGUAAUCUCCCAACUUUGCCUAUCAACUUGCUUUUCUUGUCAAUCUCAAAUAAUUCCUUAACGGGAGAGAUCUCUUCCCAUAUUUGCAAUUUGAGUUCCCUCAUGCUUCUUGACUUGUCUCAUAAUGAAUUGAGUGGGAAAAUUCCACAAUGCAUUGGAAACUUCAGCAAAUCGCCAUUGGUGUUGAAUGUAGAGAGGAACAAAUUCCAUGAAAGAAUUCCUACAGCGUUUGCAAAGAGGUGUGGAUCGAAGAACAUCAAAUUGAGUUAUUCGACGUCAAUUUUAAUUCUUGACUUGUCCAAUUACAACUUGAGUGCAGCUAUUCCAGAUUGUCUGGGCCCCAGAGGUAAGAUGCCUAAUCUUAGUGUGCUAGAUUUGCACAUGAAUAACUUCAAUGGAAACAUCCCUGAUUCGUUUGUUGCAGGAAACAAAUUACAAAUACUUAACCUCAACAACAAUGAUUUUGAUGGGCCAUUUCCUAAAUCCUUGGUGGACUGUCAUGAUUUGCAAGUGUUAAAUCUUGGAAAUAACAAGAUAAAUGAUACCUUUCCCCACUGGUUGGGAACUCUUCCUCAGCUACAAGUUCUUGUCUUGCGCUCCAACUAUUUCCAUGGUCAAAUAAUCCCUUCAGAAAAUGAAUCGCACUUCUCAGCUCUGCGAAUCUUAGACCUCUCCCACAAUGAGUUCUCUGGACUUUUGCCAACAACGUAUUUUAAAAGUUUCAAGGGUAUGAUGACUUUGUACAAUGUUCAAAGGACUUCUAUGGAAGAUUGGGAUGGUUUUUACCAUAUUUCCGUGCUUGUCACAGUGAAAGGUUUGGACAUUGAACUUGAGAGAAUUCUAACUCUUUUUAUAACCAUUGAUAUGUCAAGCAACAAAUUUUAUGGAGAAAUUCCAGAAAUAGUUGGAGACCUCAUUUGUCUCCAAGUGCUCAAUUUUUCCCAUAACAGCCUAACAGGUCAUAUUCCUUCCUCAAUGGGGAAUCUAACAGCACUUGAGUCACUGGAUCUUUCUACCAACAAGCUUGUUGGGGAGAUUCCUAUGCAGUUGAUUGGUUUGAUAUUUCUUGAAGUGUUAAACCUGUCACAGAACCAGCUUGUUGGACUCAUACCUCAGGGAAAUCAAUUUAAUACCUUUCUGAAUGAUUCCUAUGGUGGCAACUUGGGAUUGUGCGGCUUUCCAGUGUCAAAGAGGUGUGGCAUGGAUGAGGAACAAGAACCACUGGAAUCUGUUUUUCAUGAAGAAGGAAUUUUUUCUUCAUUGGAUUGGAAAUUUAUAAUGAUGGGUUAUGGAUGUGGACUGGUGCUUGGAUUAUCUACAGGAUAUAUCAUGCUGACAAUUGGAAAACCAGAAUGGCUAGUUAGGAUGGUUCAAAGAGUAGGCUACAAAAUUCUGAGGAGAUUGAAGAGUUAUCAUUGA